GCACGCCGCGUGCACUGCUCUUGACCAUAGGACAGGCUGCACAGCAGAUCAGGAAAGAACGCGUCUGGAAUAGAGGCGGCAUGACGCAGGCACGAUGCGCUGGGUUAAUUAUGGAACUACGCGUGAAAUGUGUGGCAUGGCCCAACCUUGCUCGCGGCUCGCUUGAUGGCUUGCUCCCUGCUCACCUCAUCCAGCCAUGCUCACGCAUGCACGCAGCGUCUCCCAACGCGCACCGUUUCUCAUACUGCGCUGCGUUAAAGUUGCUCCCAAAAAUACCACGCCGUGGCACCCUGCUUUUGGAUCCACAGGAGAAUGGGGUCCAUUGUGGGGGAGUUGCAGUCGACGCUCGUGUUUGGGUCUCACCAAUGCUGCGCCCUCGUCUGUGAUCCGCUUGGUUGCUGGUGUCGCGCGCUGGACUCGGAUGUGCCAUUUCCGUCAAGUCUGCAUCGAUCUACUAACGCUCUUCCUUUAUUGCUUCACUCUUUUCCUCUCGUCAACUCUGGUG